CUGUGUCUCCGUCUCUGUCUUUGUCUCGACGACACGACACCACUUCGGCCAGUGGCAGGCGGUUUGAGUGCGCGAUUCCCUUAGUGUCUUCGCCCCGGAGUCUUGAAGCGGAUCUUACGUUCGGAGUUAAUCCGGGCUUAAAUUCAGCACUCAGGAAGAGAAGCAGCAGCCAUGGCAGAGAACGAGCCGCUGAACGUGACACAGAAGCAGGUGAAUGGUCGCAUCCUGCCCAGUAACGGACACAUAUCGCCGGCCGUCAGCAAUGGCCAGGUGCAUGCCAAUGGCAAGAGCCUGGCAAAGACGCCGUCCCAGGCGAAUGGGAACGGAACUGCCAACGGCACACACAUCGAAGCGCCCUGCUGUCGAGACAUACACGGCAAGGAGCCGCCGGAUGGUGGUGCCCGGGCCUGGCUCGUCAUGGUCAGUGCCUUUCUCUGCAACGGCAUCAUCUUCGGUUUCAUCAACACCUACGGCGUGCUGCACUCACUGUUAAGCGACCGGCUCAAAGCAUUGGGUGAUCCGGAGGCCUCCAGUAAAGCGGCUCUCGUUGGCUCCCUGGCAAUUGGCACCACAUUCCUCUUCUCAACAGUCGCCGGCUGUCUGACGGACAAGAUCGGACUCCGACUGACCACCUUCGCUGGCGGAGUUCUCUCGGCUGGGGGCCUGUUGCUCUCCUCGUUCUUCACGGAGAACAUCAGUGCCCUGUACUUCAGCUAUGGGAUCAUGUUUGGUCUUGGUGCGGCCCUGGCCUACACGCCCACCCUGGCCAUUCUGGGGCACUACUUCAAGCGGUACCUGGGCAAGGUGAGCGGCUUCGUGACAGCUGGCUCCAGCGUCUUCACUGUGAUACUGCCGCCCUGCCUGGACAGUCUGCUGGUGGGCUAUGGCCUGGAGGCCACCCUCAGGAUAAUGAGUCUCAUGUCGGCCUUCAUAAUUGUGUGUUCGUUCGUGUACAAGCCGCUGCAUCCGCCGCCGGAGCCGCCCAAAAAGAAGCCAGGACGAUCGCGCAUCAACCUCUUCCUGCGCUCCAUUGUCAACGUGGAGAUCUGGAAGCGCAAGCGUUUCGUUAUCUGGGCUCUCUGCGUGCCGCUGGCUCUGUUCGGCUACUUUGUGCCCUACGUCCAUAUGAUGGAGUUCGUGAAGACAACGUUCCCGGGCGAGGAUGUCAAUCUGCCGGUCAUGUGCAUUGGCAUCACUUCGGGCAUUGGACGCCUGAUAUUCGGCAUCAUUGCCGACAUGCCCGGCGUGAAUCGGAUGUAUCUGCAGCAGCUGUCGCUGGUGUCCAUUGGCCUGGUCACGCUGCUGCUGCCACUGACCAGCUCCUAUGUGGUGCUCGUCUCCUUCACCCUGGUUAUGGGCCUCUUCGAUGGCUGCUUCAUCUCCCUGCUGGGGCCCAUUGCCUAUGAGAUCUGUGGCCCGUCGGGUGCCACCCAGGCGAUUGGCUUCCUACUGGGACUGAGCUCCAUUCCCCUCACCGUGGGGCCACCCGUGGCCGGCAUGAUCUUCGACAGCACGGGAUCGUACACGGUUCCAUUUAUAUUGGCUGGACUGCCGCCGUUGGUGGGCUCCUCGCUGCUGUUCCUCAUCAAGUGCGUGAAGGAUGACAGCAACGCCGCCGCCAGUCCGAUUCGCGCUGCGGCACUGCCCAACGGCGACCUUGAGAUUGGCAGCAAUGGGAAUUAUCUGUCGAGUGGCACCAAGUCCAGCGCUCCUCUCAUGGGCGCGGCCACAAACGGAGUUAACGGAGUCUCAGGGACGGCACUCAGCAACGGACAUGUGGACAACGGAACUGGUUUGUACUCUGCUUCACUUUGCCCUCCCAGCGACGCAUUCCCUAGUAUUACUGCUCGCUCUGUCUCGGCCGCUUGCGCUCAUACCCGUAGCUCGACUUAUACCACUAACCCGGGCUCUCCUCUGCCCAGCUGCUCGCACACGGCCCUUCUUGGUCCUGGGUCCAGCAUGUCCAUGCCAUUGAGGGACGGGACCGAUACCAAGAAGCGUCGCUAUAACUAUUCCGUCUAUUAACCCGACCCUCCCACAUCCACAUCCACAUUUCAUAAAUCCUGACUGGUAGACUGGUUCGCUCACUCGUAUUUGCCUACUCUGCACUAUUCCAUAGGGUAAUAGAGUUCUGUUGUAUUCGAUUAGCAUGACUAAGACACGCUUCCAUUUGCCGCACUCCCAUCCACAGUCCCAUACCCACACCCACACCUACACCCACCUGUAGUUGAGUUUUGUUUUGCUUUUCAAUGCUUUCUAGUUCUUAAGCCUCAUCGACCCAGAGCUUCGCUUCUGUAAAUAAAUGCUAUACGUAAAUAACCUAUCAUAUUCUUUGAAU